CAGGAACGCGUUUAUGUUUUUUCAAGAUAGAUUGCUACAGAAUAGCGGGAAACCAUAGGACUAGCGGGGGGGGGGCAAAAAGAGGAAAAUAAGCAAAGAUGACCAAGAUUUAAAACAUAGUUGAAUUCCAAAUGCUUUGUAGUCUCUCAGUUGUUUGCAGAAUCAACAAGCAGGUGUUUGGGGGUGAAAAAAAAGUUGGCGCUGCAGAUCUAGACGGGCGUUGAUUGAACUUUACGUUCUGUUUUUCCUUUGGUCUUUAUAUGUUUGCCAUUGUUGGCAUAUACAAAAAAUAUAAAGGCAGAAUUCUUGUGUGCCAGUAUUUGAGAAAAAAAAAAAAAGCCAGUCAUGGACAGCAAGCCACUUUUGCAAGACAGACCCCCUGCUUAUGCAGCUGUGACGGGGGGCUACGACGAGUACGGACAGCAGCCUAAUUAUGGUGCUAUUCCUCCGAAUGCGCCAGCUCCUCCACCGCCUGGCUUCCAUCAGUUACCUCCUCUGUACUACACAGGCGACCAGGGCUGUGCCCAGCCAGCUGCAGCAAUGCCACCUGUUGCCCAGCAACCAAACUGUUCCAACACAUAUACCAUCAUCCAGCCCUCUGUGGUGGUAGUGGGGGGCUGUCCAGCAUGCAGAGUGGGUGUGUUGGAGGAUGAUUUCACCUGCCUGGGGAUCUUGUGUGCCAUCGUCUUCUUCCCAAUCGGAAUUCUGUUUUGCCUGGCGCUGCGUCAAAGGAGAUGUCCAAACUGUGGGGCCACCUUUGGUUAAAGGGAUCAGACUGGCUCUCCUGACACCGGGAGUCAAAUUAUAGAGUGCUAUAGUCUUUUUGUUUUAGAUUUUUUUUUUCUUUUUUUUUUUUUACUGUAAUUGUACAUUGAUAACAGUUUUUGUGUAAAUGCCUCCUACAGUGUUGUCUCAAAUAGCUGUAAUGGACAGGCAAUACAAAAUUGAGCAUGUGAAAAAAAGUCUUUAAAUUUUGUUCACAUGCAUGUAAUGAAUGUAUUAUUAUUAUUAAUAUUUAAAUAAUCAUUAAUUCUUGUUGAAAUCAACACGCCAGUUGCUUUUGCAGUCAACGGUGCCUUUUGAAAAUGUAAAAAACUAAACAGCUAUAAAUGCUGAAUUUUAUUUAUUUUUCUAUUUCUGAAUCAUGCCGUUAUGUUUAAUAUGCAGUACACAUUGAUUUGAUUUUGAUGGCACAAUUAAUCUUGGGGUAAACUUUUUUUUUUUUUUUUUUUUUUUUGAAAAAACGAAAGAAACCCCAUUCCUAUCCUAAGAUUUUCUUUGUUUUGUUUGAUUAAUAUCAAUAUUGUAUAUAUUUUAGGUUGAGUGAUUUCUUGCUGUUUAGUUAGAAUAAACACCAUAAGUUGUAACCCUUGGGCUGGUGGUGGUCAUGCAUCUGAAACUGUGUGAGUUGCAGCUGUUAUGUAUAAUGUGUGUGUGCAAGAUGGUAAAAAGAAGCACAUUUCUAAAACCCUUUUGUACUGAGUUUGGGUUGGACAUGUGUAACUUUUACUGUGCAAAGUUUACAAGUUAUUGAUUAACGGUGCAAGCUGUAAUACAAAAAAAAGAAGAGGGACUUAUUAUAUUAGCUGUUUUUCUUGUCCUUUAAUGACACUUCAUGCAAAUCUCAGGUAUCAUGCUGUUGGAAUCUUUGAAGAACAGCCAUACAUGACCCAAACUGUUUAUGAACAAACCAGCUACUGAUUUUACUGCUGAAAGUUGGGCCCUAUUACUAGAAAACCUCUCCUCUCCAUUCGUAAGACAAUCAGUUUCCUGAAGCAGACUACUUUCGAACAAAUUUGAUGUACAAUGUCAGCAGCUUGUCACACAUACGCAUUGCUGAUGAUGACACCAUGAUGUCUGUUGACGUUGUAUUAAUAUGUAUUAUCGAAAAUAACAACCUGCUUUGCCCGUUGCACAUUACAUAGCCUAAAUAAAAUAUACGCAUAUACAAAAAAAUAAAUAAAACCAUGUAAGCAUCAACACCUGUUUUGAAGUGUUUUUAUGCCAGGAUUCUGAAAUGACUAGUGUGUUACAGAUUUCAUUUUUUCACUUUAUAUAUGUGUUUUUUAAUCACGCCUGCGCUUUUAAGAUACUAAACCUUUGUGUAAGGCAGUCCUUUUAUAUAAGCAGAGCUCUGAUAAGGCUGGGUGGAACCAGGAUGUGUAGAAAGAUCCAAUGCUACAACAAACAAGCAUUGUAUGUGAUGACCAGGAUAUUUAAAUGAUAUGUGCAUGCUUCCCAAAGGACUUCUGUUUUAUACACCAUAUAGUGCGUAAAUCUUUAACAAAUUGUUCAAUGAAACAUCCGGAUGGCCAACAAACAAGUUGCAAUAGUUCCACCUUGGACUAUUGUUACACUGAAAAGGUGAGAUAAUAAAGUAAGUUCCCGAGCAUAUGGAUAAAUCUCCCAUUUAAUCAUCAUAUUGACAAAGUGAUUUCAAAGGUAAGGUUAGGCUUCCUUUUUAGAAAUAGGAAGAUCUUUUCUCAGUUUAGCAGAUCAGAAUUGGUGACUACGACUAUUCUCUCUGUCCUUAAUUAUGGUGAUUAUAUUUACCAGUUCACUUCUACUCAGUCCUCACAUAAACUAGACGUAUUGCACAACACAUGCACUGCAGAUUUCUGUUAGAAUGUCCCAUCUUGACUCAUCAUUGCGAGAUGCAUGUAAAAUUAGGCUGGUUUUCACUUACAGACCGAAAAGUUUAUCACUGGUACUGUUUUGUGUUUAAGUUUCUUAAAGGAUGGGUGCCUUGUUAUUUAACUGCUCUGGUUAAUAGGUAUGAAACCAACUAUAAUCUGCGUUCCUGUGAUUCUGCCAGUCUGGUGGUUCCAAGGGUUGGCACGUUUGGGUAAAAUGUUCAUUGCCCAUCGGCUUCCAAAAACGUUUAACUCUAAACCAUUAUAUAAAAGGAGUACAUUUGAUCGUCUCUCUUUUACAUGUUUUAAAAAUGAUCCCUGUAAAUUGUUUUGAUCCUGAUUAAGGAGCUGUACACGGUCGGGUGAAUGUCCUUUGUUUAUAACCUCUGAAAUGAUUAAGACAGUACCACUCAUGACAUUGUGUUGUUUUAUUGUGUAUGUUUGUUAAAUUAGAUCUAGGUCUCAAUAGGUUAAUUUCCUGUAUAAAUAAAUACAUAGAAACAUAAUUGUUGGACUGGCCUACUACACAAGUGUAAAAACAGAGGAGUCUGGUAAAUCAAACUUUUAUUGCAAUAAAAUAAAUUGAACUUAUUUAUACAUGGAUUACUACACAGUAUUGUUUUUUUCAAACAUUAAAUAUUCUUAUUGCCUCUUU